UUUAAAGAGACAGUUAACAGUGUAUUCGUUUAAAACACGAAUAUUUGCUCGUUGAAUAUUCUUUAUUGUGUAAUUUUGAAGACCGAAUCUUCCAAGAUGCUCAAAAUCAUUCGCUAUUUUUCGUUAAUUAAUAACAUGUCAAAAGCCUAGCCCUGAAUUCCGUGUCCAAGUGUGAUCACAUGAGAUGGAGGUACAACCUCUCAUGAGGAAAGGGUGCUCUGGAAAGCACUGAAAAAGGAUGAGUCACCAUGACAGAGCAAAGGACUCUGGGACAGGGACCACUCCAAUGACCCGCGAUGCUCUGUCUCUCCGGAUGUUCCGUCGAUUGAAAAAACGCUGUCCGCCAUCGCUGUUGUCCUCAUCGCCUCUGUGGGGGAUCCUAAUUUGCCAGGAGCGGAAACGAUUUUAACCUUCUUGUGUCCUAGAGACUGCUCUCUGCUAACCGCUGCACGAGAAGCCAGCAAAAAAAUGAGUUUCCUGUUUGCCGUCGUCAGAUUCGAGAAUCUUCACGAGGUGAAGAGGCUCUGCCACUGGGGGCCCAUGAUCGCCCUGUCCGUCAUCGCCAUCUGCUCCACCAUCGCCGUCCUGGACUCCAUCAUCUGGUAUUGGCCCUUGGACACCACCGGUGGAAGUGUCAAUUUUAUCAUGUUGAUAAACUGGACGGUUCUCAUCCUUUACAAUUACUUCAAUGCCAUGUUUGUGGGUCCUGGCUACAUCCCCCUGGGGUGGACACCGGAAAAUUCACAAGAUUCUGUGUACUUACAAUUCUGUAGAGUAUGCCAAGGAUACAAAGCCCCGAGAUCCCACCACUGCCGGAAGUGUAACAGGUGUGUGAUGAAGAUGGAUCACCACUGCCCGUGGAUUAACAACUGCUGCGGCCACCUGAACCACGCCUACUUCACCAGCUUCCUCCUGCUGGCGCCCCUGGGCUGCAUUCACGCGGCCUUCAUCUUCACCAUGACCAUGUACACCCAGCUCUACGACCGAAUAUCGUUCGGGUGGAGCUCGGUGAAAAUCGACAUGAGCGGCGUCAGGAGGACGCACAGUCCCAUCAUGCCGUUCAGCGUGCCCGCCUUCGCCGCCACGCUUUUCGCCUUGGGGCUGGCGCUGGGCACCACCAUAGCCGUGGGGAUGCUGUUUGUCAUACAGAUGAAGGUGAUCGUCCGGAACAAGACGUCGAUCGAAUCGUGGAUCGAGGAGAAGGCCAGAGACAGAAUCCAGUACUACCAAACGGGAGAGGAGUUCAUCUUCCCCUACGACCUGGGCAGCCGAUGGGAGAACUUUAAGCAGGUGUUCACCUGGUCGGGCGUGCCCGAGGGCGACGGCGUAGAGUGGCCCGUGCACGAAAAGUGUCACCAGCACACCUUAACCAUUGAGCAGCUGAAACAAAAAGCUGAUAAAAGAGUGAGAAGCAUCCAGUACCGAGUGGUGGAGGACUACAACGGCGCCUGCUGUCCAAUCAGCAAGGGGCUCCGCACCUUCCUGCGCACCCCCUGCACGGAGGAGCCGCGAAUCACGCUGACCCGGGGGGAGGUGCUGUUCGCUACCCGCGGCACCAAGUGGUGGAUGUACGGAGACAAAGUCCUGAGCGAAGAGCAAAUCAAAGCUGGAGCGCGGAUGAGGGGCUGGUUUCCACGGAAAUGCGUGGAGAAGUGCCUGUACGACACGGCAAGCAACUCCACCACCACCGAGGAGAAAAAAGAGAACUAAUAUAUUGUAUAUAAAAAAAUUAAGUAAGAAAAGCAAGAACUUUGGGAGGGCGGUGAGAAUGGGGGCGCCAGGCGCAUGUUUUAUUUGGGGGGGCUUUUGGUUUGUUCUGUUCAGGAACAAUCCCUUUACUUGAACCAACUGUAGUUAUUAUGCUAGCCACGAUCUCUUGUUUCCAUUUUUACUAUGCGGCUGAAUCGUGCAAGUCAGUUGCCGUGGGGGUCUCCGUAUUCUUUGUACAGUAGAAAUAACAUUUUUAUUUUAAUACAUUUUGUAUUAAGACAAGAGAGACCCUCACCUUAACUCUUUGGAUUAAAACAAUAAUAAUAAUGUUUCUCAUUAUAUUAAAGGCUACAUUAAACAUUGCAUUUCUAAACCAGCUCACCUGACAUUUCAAAAUAUUAUCUUUUGCAGCGCUGAAAAGGGUCAUUUUCAGUGCUGUUAGAAUUAUGAUUGAGUACAUAGAGAAACAGAACAUGCAGGCUGUGGCAGUAUUUGAUUUGUAGAGAGAAGUGUUUAGUCUGGGAAUUUUUGAGAUUUGUAGGCUGAAGAGCAUCUCUGUAUUCCAAGUGAAACAAAGGAAGUGCAACCUCUUUUUUUAGUGUGUAAUCUAGGUAGCAUGUUCCAUUUAAAACUAAACACCAAAUCCCUAUUCAUUUUGACCUGCAUUAAGCAAGCCUUACUAUUCUUUGAUAUGUACAUGUUUUUUUUAUUUUAUUUCGGUGAAUGAAAACCUCGCAAUUUUGUGCAACUGAAAAGUCAUUAAAAGAAGAGGUGGAUAAAAGA